AUGGCGCUCCCACCGGAUGCUCUCCACGAAAACAUUUAUGCCUUCGCUCUCGCAAAACACCAGGUUGAACUGUUUUGCAAUCAAUGUCUGACGAAUAUGGUCGAGCUCAAGAAGUGCAGUGCCUGCAGAAAAGUGGCGUACUGUUCUGCAGAAUGUCAGAGAGCCGACUGGAAACUUCACAAACGGGAAUGCAAAGCUAUACAGGCUCACGGCGAAGUUGCCAUCGAUUCAAUCCGACUAGUGAUGAGAAUCGUUGGUUUAUUGAACCAAAACGAAGUUGGACAGUUUUCCGAAGAAUACAUACCGGGUGGUAUUCGUAGUUUUCUGACCUUGAUGGAUCACGGAAACCACCUAAAUGCUGAAGCGGAGGAUUUUGCUGAGCAAUACUUGAAUUUUGCUCUACCUCCUCAUUCACAUCCGGAAACGAUAAAAUCGAUUUUCAAAAAAGUAUCCGUCAACAGUUUCAGUCUUAGUAAUUCAACUGGAAAUAGUAUAGGAAUUGCAUUGUGUGUGAAGCUGAGCGCAGCGAAUCAUUCAUGUAAACCAUCAACAAGAGUUUGUUAUCGUGGCCGCACCGCAAUGCUGGUUCCCGUUGACGAUCGACUCCCAACAUCCUUGGAAGGAGCUUGUCAUUCAUAUAUUGACGAGUUACAAACAUUGUCAACUAGACAGGCUACGUUGAAGAAAAAGUAUAAAUUCGAUUGUGCUUGUGAAGGAUGUACGGAUGAUGAACGAAACGGCCGAAUGGAAGCAUGGGCGUGUGAAAUUUGUAAAACAGGAUGGAUACGAAAUGUUGAGGGAGCUUCAUGCAAUCCGUGUGGAUAUGUACUAACAAGAGAUCAAUAUGAACUGUGUCGAACAGCUGAAGAAGCUGCAAUCGCUUCUAGACCGAAACUGGAAAACGACUCGAUUCCACUUGAAACUCGUAGGCAUCUUUGCGAAAAGCUGCUUGAACUAUUUCAAGACACUCUUCAUGCCUAUAACGUUCAUCGAAUCCCGGUACUUCGAUGCUUGUUUGUGGCAACAUUAGCCAUUCGGGACAUUGAUGCUACAGCAAAAACUGGUGUUUCUCUUCUCUCGAUAAUGCUUGAAUAUCAAAGCGAGAACGAUCCAGCUAUUCUCUUCCAGAAGUACCAACUUUCCCAUAUCUUCUGUGCUGGUGGAGCUCAUAGCCAAGCUGCUAAAUUUCUUAAUGAUAUCAAAGGUCCACUUGAAAGAAUCUACACCACAGACGCAUCCAUCGUCAGAAGUGUAUAUUGCAUGAUUUUAAAAACUCGUCAUCCAUCUUAA